AUGUUUCCACCAGCUCUUAUUAUUUCAAUAAGCAUCAUAGCUAUUGAAGUUGCUGUUGGAUUUGUUGGAAAUGGAUUUAUUACAGCUGUUAAUAUCGUUAACUGGAUCAAAAGCAAAAAACUGUCUUCUACUGAUAUGAUCCUGUUCUUUCUGAGCACAUCAAGAUUUAUCUUGCAGGUGACUGUACUGAUGCACGUUCACAGUCUCUACUUCACGGAUGUAUUUUACUUGGCUUCUGUGUACAAAGCUUUUGGUACUAUAUGGAUGUUUGUGAACAAUGCAAGUUUGUGGUUCAGUACCUGGCUCUACGUAUUCUACUGUGUAAAAAUAAUCAAUGUCACCCAACGGCUGUUGCUGCAAAUCAAGCUGAGAAUAGCUGGGAUGGUCCCAUGGCUUCUCCUGGGAUCGCUGGUCAUCUCUUCUGUGACUUCUCUUCCUUUCCUGUGGAUUGCACCCAGCACUUACCUCUGCAGCUCAGCAGAGAACUGUAGAGAAAAUAGAACAGCACAUGCCACUGAUGGGGAGAGAUCACACCUUUACCUGCUUCUUUACUUUACAGGUUGUUUUUUUCCUCUUGUACUCUCUGUGUUAACCUCAACUCUAUUAAUAUCUUCACUGUGGAAACAUACAAAGAAGAUGAAAUUGUAUCUAGAUUCUAGAUUCAGGGAUCCUUUGGUAGAUGUUCACCUCACUACCAUUAAAUCCGUUAUGUCUUUCUUGAUCCUGUAUCUUUCCAGUUUUGUAGCUCAAAUUGUGUUGAUGACGUCAAGUCCACAAAAGAAAGAUGUUGUGAAAAUUGCAGUGUCCUUAAUUGUAUCUGGGGCAUAUCCUUCCAUACACUCUAUUAUCCUGAUCAUAGUGAAUUCAAAACUGAAAUUAGCAUUUAGGCAGUUUUGUCAGCGUUUUAAGUGCCGUUUGGAAAAUUGGACUCUUAACACAUCUACUAUAAUUUGA